AUGAGUGAAAAGGGUGAAAUAGACCGCAUCGUGACCUCCGCAGUGGAGGGCCUUGGCAUCGGCACCGACGGCGGUGGCGUCCCCAGCGCAGCAGCUGCUGCAUGCGCCGGCGACGAGGCGUCCCAGCCGCUGCCGCCGCUCGUCGCCCUGAGCCGCACGCGCGAGGAGAGCGUCGACGCAUGUGAUAUCCCAGCGGAUCGCCCCAUCCGCCUGCCGGAGGCCAUUCCCUCCGAUGACGGCGACGCCCCCGACCUCCCCUCCUCGUCCCCACCUCUCCUGGGGCCGUCCUCGGCGCCGACCGCCGCCGCGGAGGCGCCCGGCGCGGGCCUCGGCGCGCUUGACGGCGGCGCGAAGGCCUCCCCGGGCUACUUCAUGUACCAACAGCUCCUGGAGCGCGCCCUCAACAGCGCCCAGCUCUCGCGCGCCGUCGCAGACCUGCUGACCGGUGGCGCCGGAUGGCCGGAGGAGCAGCAGCUGGAGCAGCAGGAGCAGCAGCAGCAGCAGCAGCAGCAGCAGCAGCAGCAGCAGCAGCAGCAGCAGCAGCAGCAGCAGCAGCAGCAACAGCAGCGGAGCCUGCUCGGUGGCGCGGCCGCCCACAGCAAGUUCCCAUCAAGGGCUACGGGCGCUCCGCGCGCGCAGCAGCAGCAGCAACGGCAGCCGCAGGGACACGCGCAGCCCCAGGCCGAGCAGCGGGGCGAGUAUUACUCGUCGCCAAUCUUCAAGCAGCCAAGCCUGGACAGGCAGGGCUCCCAGGGGGCGCGUGCCACGGCGCUCAAGACGUGCGGCUGUGCUUGA